GAAAAAAAGCACGUCAGACAUAUCUAGACGUAGCCAAUGUCAUCCAUGAAAUAAUUCCUAAGCGAUUUUAAUUAAUCAUGGGGGGAAACAGAUAUCAGGUAGACAACCUAAGGUAUCACUGGUUCUAAUCAGCUCAGAUUGAUUGCUUCGUUUACCUGUGUUCUUUCCUGCUUACGAACCAGUUUAGGGCGUUGCCAUUUUAAAUCUUUCUUGGGAUCUCCCAGACUCAAUUACGGCAGUGCGUGUGGGAAUCGAGCGAGGACUAUGUUGUGCUGCGUUUCACUCUCCACAACUAUUGGUAGAAAGCGAUACGACCUGCGAGAGUGCUACAGCGUGCUAGCGAGCAAAAAAGUGUUUAGUUUAUUAGGGUAAAAGCACUGCAAACGAACAGUAAUGUUAAAUUGCACUAGUCUGUGGGCAACCGGAGUUCGGGAUAAGCGUGGUGCAAUCGUAAAUGCAGAAUGAUUUCUGUCUCCAUACGUAUUUAUUAUAACAGAUGAACUAUUUACGGAACGGUAUUACCCAAGAGGGAAAACCCGGCGCAAACAACUCGGCGGAGGCUGAAUGUUGAAGAAGAUGAGGACUUUCUUUUUUCCCUUCAAAAAAUUAAGGCGAAAUGUCAAGUAUCUUCUUUUUGUCGCCGUGUUAAUGACUGGAGUUUUGGCUGCCUAUCUAGAAUUUGUUGCAACAACGAAUACCUGGAACGACAACAUCCAGUUCAGUCCUUGGAACGAGGUGAACCCGUACAAGCACGAAGGAGAGAGAGAGUCUGGGCGAGCGCGGGGGAAGGGCAGGCCGUGGGAGUCCAGCUUCGUGCCGCAGCCCUGGAGGCCCGAGUAUAAAGGCCAAGCGAAUUUGCACAUUUUUGAGGACUGGUGUGGUGGCUCUGUCGCUCAGCUCCGGAAGAACCUUCACUACCCUCUCUAUCCCCACUCGCGGACGACCGUGAAGAAGCUCGCCGUGACCCCCCGCUGGACCAACUACGGCCUGCGGAUCUUCGGCUACCUGCACCCCCACACGGACGGCAAGUACCUGUUCGCCGUGGCUUCGGAUGACAACUCUGAAUUCUGGCUGAGCUCGGACGAAAGCCCCUUGAACGUCCGCCUGCUCGCGCUGGUGGGAAAGACGGGCACGGAAUGGACAGCUCCGGGGGAGUUUGGGAAGUACGCCAGUCAGACGUCGCACCCGGUCGAGCUGAAGUCGUCGGAGCGCUAUUACUUUGAAAUCAUCCACAAGCAGAACGAGCAGGGCACGGACCAUGUGGAAGUAGCAUGGCAAACGUACCCGGACGGCCUGCGCUUUGAGCUCAUCGGCUCCCAGCACAUUUCCCUGUACACAAACGAGUCGGGCCUGCUGAUGACCGAGGUGGCGCACGUCCCGCAGUCGGCGGCCAGCCGCGCGCGGACGGCGGGGGAGGGGGCGGGGGAGAGCGCGGGGGGUUCCAGCCACGGCGCGGACAUGCUGAGGGAGGACCGCCGCGACAGCUUGCACCAGCUUCCGCUCAUCGACGAGACGUACCUGGACAAGCUCCUGCCGGACUGCAUCUACAGGCCCAGCUACAUCAUUAAGGGCUUCCCCCUGCUGAGGUACCAGGGCCUGCAGUUCGUCUACAUGUCCUACAUCUAUCCCAAUGACUACACGAGGCUAACUCACAUGGAGACCGAAAACAAGUGCUUCUACCAUUCCAAUCCUCAGUACAUAAAGAGGAAUGGGUUUUAUAGAUACAUGAAAUUGGAUGUCCCUGAAGGGUUCGAAGAUGGACGUGUUCCGUGGGACAAUCGAGGUUUCGACGAGUUGGAGGACAGCAUCCGCUACGAGGACGUCCCGGAGGAGGACUCUGAAGGGGAGGGCGUAGAGGACGGGGCCGAGGAGAGGUCCAACGACCUGCCCGACUACGGCGACGACUACGACGACUACACCUUCAAGCGGAGAAGGAAGCUGUUCUCUGCGCUGCCGGCCGACGGGCCCGAGCUGCCGAAGAAGAGGAAGAGGCGGGACAAAGCCAGCGUCCGGGAGGAAGUGCCAGCCCAGCUGCCGGAGGUGGAUCAAAGGGAAGACCCGGAGGUCAAAGUUCAGAGGAGGAAAAAAUCCAGAAGGAAAAGUGAAAUUGAUCCAAAUGAGGUGCCAGUCCCUGUACCGCACGGCCUCCUGCCUGUGGGAAAUAAUGCAUCGCAGCUUGAACGGGCCAGGCAGGGUAAGCGUGCCGUCGCAGUCCCAGCGCGUGGAAUGAAUGCUGCUCAGGUUGAGCACCACCUAGUGGCCGGAGGACCGAAUGACAACAUUGGACAGGCUUUGGAAAAACCGCGCAGCGGUAAAAACCGGACGCUCCACCGCGACCCGGAACGAAGGGCCCCGGUAGCCGCUGUGUGGUUACCGGUGCCCUCCCAAGCGCCCCAGGUCCCGCCCGAGAACCACCCCAGACCGCGAGCGAGGGCGUUCGGGGCCGUGCCGCAGAGCGAGAUCCGGGACGGCGCCGUCGGGAGGGACAGGAUGCCGGUAGGCCGGUGGGGGGAAGUCAGAGGCAACGAGGUGGAGCAGAGGGCGGAGCCAGAGCAGGAGAACGCCAUCCUUCACGUUCUGGAACCGCCCCUUCCCAAGCGAGCUCGCGGGGACAGGAGAGGGGGGGAGGAGGGGGGGGAGCCCGGAGCCUCGGACCUGCGCGAGGACGCGGGCGGACUCUGGAAGCUGGAGGAGGACGCGGAGGAGUACGACGAGGACGGGCGGAAGUACGAGGCGACCGAGCCGGCGGUGGCCUUCGACCCGGAGGUGAACUGGGGGCAGACGUUCGAGGUGAACCCGCUGGACUUCCACUCGCUGCGCUCGGACUGGAUCGACCUGAGCUGCAACGUGUCCGGCAACCUGCUGCUGAAGCCCGAGGACGCGCUGGACCUGGCGCAGCGCUUCAUGAGCAAGCUGGAGCAGAAACAUCCGGGGCGCUUCUCCCUCCUGCAGGUGGUGAACGUGGAGAAGCGGGUGGACCCGUCCUACGGCGGCCGCUACCUGCUGGAGCUGGAGCUGCAGGAGCAGGGCGGGGGCCGCGUGCGCCUGUCCCGCUACGUCUACCUGCUCCAGCGCCGCAGCAGGCCCCGGGCCCUGGGCCACGGGCGGGCCCCCCCGGAGCUGGUGCUCUGCAGCCCCCGUGGCUUUGCCUGGAACCCCUCCGCCACCGUGCACUUCAUCGUCCCAGUGAAGAACCAGGCCCGGUGGGUCCGGCAGUUCAUCCUGGACAUGGAGCAGCUCUACAGGGACACCGGGGACGGAAACUUCAACAUCAUCAUCACGGACUACAGCAGUACGGACAUGGACGUGGAGCAGGAGCUCAAGAGCUCGUCUUUGCCCAGGUACCAGUAUGUGAAACUGAGCGGAAACUUCGAGAGGUCAGCUGGUCUUCAGGCCGGAAUUGACCUCAUUACCGACGACCACAGCAUCGUGUUCCUGUGCGACCUACACAUCCACUUCCCCCAGUUCAUUGUGGACAGCAUCCGCAAGCACUGCGUGGAGGGCAGGAUGGCCUACGCCCCCAUCGUGCUGCGGCUGGACUGCGGGGCCACGCCCCUGGAGCCCAACGGAUUUUGGGAGGUCAACGGCUUUGGGCUGCUGGGGAUCUACAAGUCAGACCUGGACGCUGCCGGGGGGAUGAACACCAAAGAGUUCCGUGACCGCUGGGGAGGGGAGGACUGGGAGCUGCUGGACAGGAUCCUCCAGGCCGGGCUGGAAGUGGAGCGAAUCUACCUCAGGAACUUCAUGCACCACUACCACUCCAAGAGGGGCAUGUGGAACCGGCAGCCCCGCAAGGGCGCGUAACCACGGAAACGGGCGGGGCUGCGCCGCAGCGUUUGUUUCCGAGGUGCCUCUGUAGGCCACGCCCCCCCCCCCCCGGCACCGUUCAACCAAUCACUGCCCGCGUUGCUGGGGGAAGGGUCAGUGGAAGGGGCGGGGCAGAGGGGGCUUGUGGACUCUGAAGAGAGUGAGGCUCCCUGCCACUCAAGCCCUCCAGAGGCUGCGAUCUUGGGUACAAACGGUUUCUACCACAGCCGUGUGCUGGAAUAGGAUCUUUUACAGAAGGGUGGAAAACAAAAAGAAGAUACUACUGAUUUUUUUAAAUGAUAUUUUUUAUUUUCUUUUAGUUGAAGACAAUGUUUUUUAAAUGGACAAUGAUGAAAUAGGGUUGUUAAUUAUGUAUUUUGUCAUUGAUUAAAAGUAAUGUUUAAUAACGGUAACGAUAAUAUCAAUGUAGUACAUUAUGGGUACGCUUAUGUAGUUACCUUUAUGAAAGGAGGCAAGUGGAUUUUGCUAGGAUUUUAGCAGGCAGUAAUUACUGACUACAGUAUGUAUGAAGGGAGCGUGUUUGAGACGGACUGAAGAGUGUGUGUGUGUGUGUGUGUGUGUUUUUUUUUUUUUGUUUGUGUUUUUACUUCUUGCGUUGGCCUGAAUGAAUUCAGGUGUGAUUGUCAGUCUCCCUGUCACAUGACUGAUAACCAGCUCCCCCCAUUGGGUUUGUCUUUGCGCAAAGUGAGCAUGGAACAGGAAGUUGAAGUCCUGUGUCCAUCUGCUUAAGACUGGCUCCUCCCUCAGAGCUGCGUGCAGAAUCCGCGUUAUCAGACCCUGACUGCAGCCGUGACAGCAAAGAGUCGGAUUCAAAAUGGCGUCUCAGCCCGCCAACCAAAUAACCCUACCAUAUCUCUCAUCCAGAAUCCAAUUAUCCAAUUAAUCCAGUUCAUUGUUGUAGUUGUUGCCUUUGCAGUUUUCUUGUGCAAUUUCAAAUAUUAAUGCUUUGCAUUAGCUGCAUCUUAAGUAUGCACAUACUCACAACGUUCGUAUGUGAAGCAUACAAAUGUCAUAGCUGCAACAUACCUCGUAUAAAUUGUUCGUAUCAAUUUAUGAAUUUACACGUGAGGAUGGCGGGUAUUGUCUGUAUAAGCACUACCGUGUACACCUCUGAUUUGUUAUACUUUUUCAUGAGGUUAAACAAACUGGAUUUGUUUUUUUUUUAUUGAAAGGUACAAGUGAGAGUACAAGUAAGAACAUUUGUUUUCUGAAAGCCAUUAUCUUUGCUAAGACAAAUCAGGGCUUGGAUUUGUCAGCUUGUACCAUAAGCAAAUGUAUGCCUACGAAACAGACAUUUUGCAUUAUGCACCAAGAUACACCACUUUAAACAGACUUCUACUUGUCAGAGUUUGAGUCUGAUAAUAAUAAUAAGUUGCAGCGAGAUUAUUUCCAGUUGUUGACUCACAUUUUUGAGUGGUUUUUUUAAACCUUUGAAACAAUUUAACAUUUUUAAAGCGGUUUCGAUUUAUUUUACAGAAUUUUUUUACGUGCUCUACUAAGUUAUACUGAUUUUUACAAAUAAAUGCUUUGUUUACCAAUACUGUAGUCAUCAAACGUGGUCAACGAGGCAUGGGUAAGAAAGACGUACUGUCAAUGGCAUUUCAAAGGAAUACAUUAUCUCAGUAUGCACUACCUAGAUUAAUGCUCUUUUCUGCUGGAAAAAAAUACUUACAUCUCUGAACAGGGGACCUGUAAUUAAUGUGUCUGUUAUCGUACGCUUAUGUAAUGCUUAGGAAUAUUGUAUGUACGCAUUAUGAAGUAGCAGAUAGCGACAGUUAAUGUUGUUACUGUGCCCUUUAUUUAAAUGCGAAAGUUCACUUGAGAGCUUAUUUAAUUUACAGCAACGAUUUCCAAAAAGAGAUGGGGAGGAACAGCAAGGGAUUGUCUAGUCAAGCAACUUAUGAUGUCAGUUGGCUAGAUGAGAGACAGUUUGGGAAUUUGACCUGGAACCUCUUUUUUAAUACUACUACUCUUAUGAUAAAUGCAAUGACUGAAGAGAAUCAUGACCUCAGUUUAAUAUCACAUUUGAAACCCCAGCAUUGUGAUAAAAAAAUAUAUAAAUACAGAUAUGUAAAAUAUAUAAAUGUGCAACACACACACACACACACACACACACACACAAGUUUACUGUGUCAGGUAAAUGUCUCCUUUUUGGCACGUGAAUUUUUUUUUUUGCCAUUUGGAUCACUGUUUUAUAACCACUCCCUGGAAGAUGUUAAAGAUUUUAACAUGUUGUUCCUUGCACAUGACUUACAUGCUCUCUGUGUUCAGUGUUUUACUGAAUCAGUCUUUCUGGGUUUGUGCUAGAAAGGGCGUAGUGUCUUUUGACCUGUACUGUUCUUACUGCUUUGUUCAUGUUUGUUCUCACAGGGCAUUUAAAUUAAGUGCCCUGUUGUUUUGUUGUCUUAUUUAAUAUACCUAUUCAUGUUAAUCACAGUGGAUGACAAACUCCAGGGAUUAUUACAUUGUCUCUCUUAGGGAUAUUUAUUUCACCAGCUCUUAUGCCGUUUUUAUUUGUAUUUUUGUUAUUUUGUGUUAUUUGUUUUCAGUAGAAUAUACUGUUUGGGGAAACAAGAAUCAGUUUUAAAAUUAUGAAUAAUUUAUGUUUACCCUUUCUGAAAGUGAUGGUCAGUGUGUAUAUUCUUUCAUUUUUGGUUUUGAGAAAUGUUUAGUUAUGUUGUUAUGUUCUGUUUGAAAUGGUCAGUUUUGAUUAAUAUUGUUGAACAUCUACAGUUCCACAUUCACAAUCUGUAAACCUGGCGGUGUGUUUCAUUGCUUGAGAACUUUUCAGAAUUGCCAAAGAACUGAUGUGAAGUCAUACGGAUGACCAUAGUGAAAAAGGCCAGAGCAGUGGUCUUUAAAACUUAAAGUAAAACUUUUUAAACAUUUUAUUUAAGGCUCUGCUGGCUAAAACCUGUUUAACUCAGGUCUUUCUUUAAAUUUUAAUACAUAGCCACAUUUUGCAUUUCCUGGCUGAAUAAGAAAGUGCUUAUGCAAGCAGACCAAAGAGACAUUUUCAUUUUCUACGUUCUCUCACAGGACGGAUGAACACCUGAAAAUAUAUAUAUUUUUUUUUUUAGCCUGUCAGCCUUCCAAACCUUUUGUGCAUUUUAUAAUGUAUUAUGCAAACAAGGUUACGACUCUGUAUUUGUACGUGUAUGCUGUUCUAUUCAGUGCCUUUCAAGAGUGUGGAACACAAGGCAACUUUAGCGGAAAUCUCGUGUCGCUGUGGACACCGGGUUCUGCGAACGAUCUCUUAAAUGUUUCAGCAAGCGCUCAUGUGACGUCUCAUUUGUGUACGGAGUUUAAUUAGGAAUUAACAUGGGAAAAUGAAGCCUUUUUAGGUGUGUUUUUAAAUCACGUGGUAUUUUUCUCUCUGUGAUGUCGCAUUCCUCUCCAGGAACCGCCCGUAGUGCGUGCGUGCGUGCGUGCGCGCGGUUGCUGGGGGAACACAUUAGGCCAUUCCACUGUUGCCGUGUUAAACGCAGACAGCUGCAGUUGUGGCAGCACGCGGUGUCAAAGGUCGAACACAGGACACGCCUUGUGUGCUUUUUCUUUUCUUUGGCAUGUUCCUGCAUCUCGUAAAAACUUUGGCCGCCAUGUUUUCUCUUAAAGGAGCAGUGGGUGAGGCAGAACUGUGUCAUGUCGCAAUUUCAGGCAAUAUAUUUUCUGUCAAAACAAAACGGCAGAGUAGGCAUUGCCAAAGUACGGAAGUAGGCGCAGUGCUGACCGCUCGUUCUGCUGAUCUUCUGUUAAAGUGGAGUUUUUUUUUUUUUUUGCGUUUCCUGUUUGUAUCCAUCUUUUGGCAUUUGGAAAAUGGCUGUAUUCUGCUCUGUAGUCUACAACACUGUUUUGUACCCGAAAUCAUGUACUGUAGCCGCUUGCCACAACGUAGACAUGAGGUAAAAUAGAAUGGUGCUUGUAACCAAGAGCAAGAGGCAGGUAAAUUUGAAUUGUUUCAUAUUCAGAUUGUAUCUUUGUUAAGAGGGUGUGAUUUUAGAACACCGGGAUGCUAUUCCUUUGUGCAUAGUCCCUUAAGGAAGCCAUUUUAAGCUGUGUAACGCAAAUGGAGGCGAUCAUUUUUUAACCUUUCUAGUCAUUCUGUGUGUGUGUAUGCCCUCCAUCUGUUCUGACCGAGUGUGUUGUGAGAGAGAGAGCCAUUCAGGGAAAACACAGCUGUUGUGAAAUCACCCGUAUCUGAAUUUGAUUUCUGUGAAAUUGGUGUCAUUGUGUGCAGCUAUAUCCCCCCCCCAAAAUGGUCCUCAUAAAGUGUUUUAAAUGUC